AUGGCCAAAAGAGCGACGCAGACGUCCCAGCGUAAGUGCUCUUGUGCGUACUGGAUUGCCGUUUUGGCAACCAUAUUUGCAUUGCUGGCUGCGCUAAUCGUUUUUGUCGACGGGCAUUUGCGCCAGUUUUACAUUUUCGACCAGCGCAAGCUCCAGACGAUUGCUGAGCAAGCCGUGCACCACCACGGUAACGACACGGAGGCACUUUUCCAGGAGAUUUUGGAUGGGCUGAAAAGCGACCCAAAGGUUGCGUCUACGCUUAAUACCCAUUCAUUCAAGGACCGCUCGGAAUGGGUGUUUAAUAAUGCCGGUGGUGCUAUGGGUUCCAUGUACAUCAUCCAUGCCUCUAUUACCGAGUAUCUUAUCUUCUUUGGCACGCCCAUUGGCACUGAAGGUCAUACUGGGCGCCACACGGCCGAUGACUACUUCCAUAUUCUCCAGGGAGAGCAGCGCGCCUUUGCAGCGGGCGACUUGACACCGGAAGUGUACCCCGCAGGUUCGAUGCAUCACCUAAGCCGUGGCCGUGUGAAGCAGUACAUGAUGCCCGAAUCGGGGUGCUGGGCACUCGAGCUUGCGCAGGGUUGGAUCCCGCCGAUGCUGCCUUUUGGCUUUGUCGACACGCUCUCUUCUACGCUCGAUUUCCCAACCUUUGCGCGUACUGUGUACAUUACUGCGCGCGAGAUGCUGAAAAAUUUGUUGUUAAACAGUGCGUAUGCACAAGAUGCUAAUUUGUACAGAAAAGUUUUGAAUGCGCGGGGGUUAUUAUGCGUAUGA